UCCAAUCAGAAGAGUUUUCACUUUCAAACGAUGGUUCCUUCUCCCAGUUACCGAAAACCACAACAAAACGGAUCGUAGCACUCGGUCCAGGCGUUUACAGAACUGUCUUUUACAGCUAGUCGGUUGUUUGUGAGCUCCAGUUGCCUGCUGCAAACAGCUGUUUCAUGGGAACCCAGGAGGGAGAGAGAGAUUGGGUUGAUGUGGCAAAUGAUCUUCUCAGCAAGUGUCACGUAAACCUGAGGCUGAAGAAACUUACGGACUGUGAUGCAGAUGUUUUCAUUGCCCUGUAUGAGAACAUCCUGGGGGAGAAAGUUCCAGAUUAUAUUGCAGUGCCAUGUAGUCAAGAGGAGGAUGUCCACAAUGUCCAGUGUGUGAUUGAUUCUCUGUCCUUGGAUUACCUUCAAAUCAGCCUCUCACAUAUUAUAGGAGAAAAUGUUGUCAGAGGGGAUAAAGAGUCUAUUAAGAACCUCUUGGAAAUCUUUGAUGGCCUCUUGGAAUAUCUCAACGAGGAGAUAAAUGACGGGUCGCAGAACAGUGAGGAGCAGAAUGGCAGUCUCAGUGAGGAUGCACCGGUUGACAUCAAUGAUCCGCCUGGAUGUGAUGCUACAGAGCAGAAGGAGACAAAGCUGGAGGUGGCGUCCUUGUCAUCGAGUGCAGAAUCUGCCGUCCAGUCCAGUAAACAAUCCAUCCACUCUUGGAAUGGUGAGGAGGUGGGAUCAGCCAGCGAGCUCAUUGGGCUGGGUGUGUCUGCGCGCACAUUCAUAGAUAAAAAAGAAGGACUGGCUGUCCCUCCCCCAACCUCAGAUGCAGCAACCACCUCUGGUCCUGUGGACAAUGAUAAAGCUCCACAGACUGAACCGAUAUACUCAGCCAUUGCACUGCAGCCACCAAACCAGUCCAACACUCCCCACACUCCCAUUGUAGGCCCUCACUUACCCGAUCAAAUCCCCACAGCUGCUGGUGUCAAAGAACAGCACACAGAGGAGGAAGUCAGCCUCAUGACUACAGAGACCUCAAAACUAGUGGCUGAAACUAAUGGACUACAGUCUCCUACCCACUGCCAGUCCCCUGCUGUAAGUGAGAAAUCUUCAACCAGCCAGCAGAGAGCUGAGACAGAAGUGGAGGGAGAGACGCUGGAGGUGAGAGCACAAGCACCGACUAACGGAGGUCCCAGGAGGGUUUUAUUCCGAACACAACCAGAUGUGCUCUUCCUCACCCUGCAAGAUGGGACGACACCUGCCACCCCUUCUCCCCCAGACACUGAAGAGGAAGAUGAGGAGGAUUUGAGUUGCACACGAAGAUUAAAGGACAGAAGGAUACAUUGCAGAGAAAGAACUGCUCUCAAGGAAGACUUUCUAACUCACCCUGAGAGCAGUAGCAAGACAGCACAAGAGGAUUUUGAAGAGCCUCUGUCUUAUAAUCGAAAAAGGAACAAGCAGGCAGAACAAGAGUUGCAUGAGAUAUCUGAAAACCUCUCCCAUCGACUAGAGGAACUCGAUCAGAUGCUUAAACGAGUUCUGGGGGAAACUGGAGAGUCCACCGAGGUCAGAGAGGAGGACAAGCAGUCGCACCACAGCGACAGCAUCAUGGAGCGUCGCAGGACGUCAAGACAGGACACAGGAGCACCUGAUUUUGAGUCUACCCACCGAGCACGCUCCUUAUCCCCUUCCCCUCCACGAGUCCGUCGCUCCCUGCAGGGACAGCUGGAGGAUGUGAUGGCAGAGGCUCUUAGCUUGGAUGAUGGGAGACAGUCCAACCUCACAGCGUCUGAUCGAUCAAGGCGAGGAGAGCUACACCACAGAUCAUCUCACAGAAAACAUGACAAGUAUCUGGAGAACGAAGCCUACGAGGAGGAGCUUAAAAGAUAUGAAGAAAAAGAACGUAAAGAGUUAGAUAAGGCACGCAUCAAAGCUCGGGAAGCUGAGCGAGAAUACAGAGAGGCCAUACUAAAGGAUGUUUCACCAGACCCCAGACCCUCACCGGCUAAACUGAAAGCUCAGCAUAAAUCACAGCGCACUGCACAAACCACACCAGGACAGAGACGACUGGAGGCUCCCAGGAAAGCUCCAUCAAUGAGAAUAAUGGAGAAUGAGCUACUCCCGGUGCUCUGGGACGAGUUGCCUCACCUUCAAAUCUCACCUCACGCCCUGGGUCGAAUGUGGGAGCAGCAAAUGCAGCAGGUGGACAGACUCCACGCCAUGUCGUCCAAUCACAGUCGACAUCGCAGCAAACUCUCCAGAGAGUUGGAGGAAGCUCAGAGGAAACACGAUCUGCUGGCUGAGCUCGUUCGUAAAGGACAGGACCACAGCAGGCGCCUGAGAGACUUCAAAGAGCGAAUCCAGCAGCAGAAGUCGACCCAGAACAGGCUCAGGGAGCAGAGGCAGCAGAUGGCUCGAGCCAAGAAGUACCACAACGAAUAUCAUGUUCAGCACCGAGCCCGCCUCAUGAGGGCUCGCACCAAGGAGGAGAGGAUGUUUCGGCAGCUAUUCGACGAGGGUUUGGAGAUACAGAAGAAUCGGCUGAGAGAGCAGAGAGCUUGCGCCAGGGAGCAGCGACUGGAACAGCAGAGACGACACGAGGAUCAGAUCAAGUCCAUGGAGAACUAUUAUAAAGAUCAGUUUUCACUGCUAGCUGAAAAACUUGCACAAGAGCGGCAGGACAUCCAGGUUCGGAAAAAAGCUCAAGAAAAGGCACUGCUAAAGAUGAAGCGAGAGCUGCGUUCCAGGAUGGAGCGUGAAAUCGGCGAACUGCAAAGAAUCAUAAUCCAGAACGAUGAGGACGACUACUUCCAGGAGCUGGAGAUCCAGAGGCUGCGUAAUCGUGUUCGGAUGGCCUCCUUCCAGUACAACACUAGCUAUCUGCACUGACCGAGGAAGACUCGGGUCUGACUGGUUUGAAUCAAAGGACUUUCUGCCAUUCACAGCCAACGGUACGAGAACCCGAUGAACAGUACGAUCUCCUCAGGCGUCCUCCUUCAGAGCUUUGCACAGGAAAAGGAUAUUCUCUUUGUAAGAACUUGUUCAUGUGCUGAUUAUUGAUUACUGAUGAACUGAACACACUCUGACUAAAUGUAGCUAUUGGCUAGUUUGGCUAGCUCUUCCUCUCUCACCUCAGCUGCUGAUCUUAAAAGACACCUUGGACCAAGUCCCCUUUCUGUGUGGGUUUUUGGUACUUGAUAACUAAGAAUGUUUUAACUCCUUCACUGUGCAGUCUUUGUGUUGUUAAUGUAGCAAAAAACCUAGCAAUGUUCUUCCUCUUGCCAAAUAAGGACCACAGAUGCAAAGUUAAGUAUGAACGUCACAGACUGACGACUCUUAACAUUUUUCCUUUUAUGUGCAACAUCUUCCUUAAUAUUUUAACCAUGCCAGUGGAUUAUUUAUUUUUUAACUUUAAUGUUUGGAUUUUAAUUAACCUGGUUUGCUUUCUCAUCACCGGGGUAACGAUAAUCAGUCUUUAAUGAUGCCUUCUUUUCCUCAGCUCCAUUGUGAUUGUUUUUUUGGUUUUUUUUAAACCUCAGCUGAACUUGAAAGCUUUGGACUGAUGCACAAAGGUUUCCUCCAUUAAAAACACAGUCUACUGACA